AUGCAGAACGAAGAGGGAAAGAAUACUGAGCUCUACAUUCCUAGGAAAUGCUCCGCCACUAACCGGUUGAUCCCAGCAAAGGAUCAUGCCUCUGUGCAGCUCAACAUUGGUCAUUUAGAUGCUGAUGGUAUCUACAACGCACAAUUCACCACUUUUGCUCUCUGCGGCUUUGUUCGCGCUCAGGGAGAUGCGGACAGUGGCAUCGACAGGCUUUGGCAGAAGAAGAAGGUCGAAGCCAAACAAAGCUAA